CCUUGUCCAUCAACUAGCUCGCAGGUCUCGGUUUAUGGAAUCCUACAGGAGCUCACGUUUGCCGACGGCCAAUCAGAGCGGAGAGAGCCGCCGAGCAACAGGAACCUCUACCUUUGCCUCUAAUACACUUGUAUGUAAGAGCUGAAAGAAUCCAACUUUCUUCAGACAGUACACUUGCUUCUCGUCAGUGGAUCUCUUUUGUGUUUUAAAAAACACACCAUAAAAGACCACCAUGGCUCAAACAAGCAUAAGACUUUGUGUGACUCUUCUCUGCUGUUUUAGUCUGACUUUUCUCAACUGUGCAGAGUGCUCCAAAGAGGACAUAUUUUCCAACGUGCUGGCCCUGCUGUCUCCGGGUGAAAUGCACCUGACAGAGGAAGCUGUUCGUUCGGUUCUGACGGAGUUGGAGAAACGUGUGCAGUGCAGCGAUGUGUCGUGUGGAAAGUGUCUGUCCGUGGACCACGUGGGUCAGCUGGUCUCCAACUUCUCCUCGAGCCGGGAGCUGGACAUGCACGGCUACUUCCACCUGGCGGCCGGCGGCUGCCUGUACCUCAGCGCACCUGAGCGGGCAUGCCAGGCCGCCAGGGAGGGCCGCUGGGCACAGGAGACGGACCAGUUCAUCCACAGCCUCAUGGAAGGAGGAGGAGGAGGCGACCACCACCAUCACGGGGAGGAAGAAGAUCAUGAGCAUGAGGCGGCGGGAGGAGAGGAGGAGCACGCAGAGCACGAGGGCGAGGAGGUGGAGAGGCUGUUUCACCUGAUGGAGGAGCACUACCUGCCUGAACGCAACCAGCCCUGCGUCACCAUAACAGACAUCCUGAGCGAUAUCCAUCGUCAUCACCAUGGCAACGAGACCCUGGAGGGUCAGCAUCAGGACCAUGAUGGCAUGGGGGAGCAUGAGGAGGAGCAUCACGAGGAGGAGCAUCACGACCAUGGGGACCUGGAGGCGAUGUUCGGGGCGGUGCUCUACCACGCCCUGAGGGGACGCUGCCUGACCACCAGGGAGCUGCCUCAGGAGGACUUCUUCCUAGACUUCAUCUUCGGACACUUUGGCUCUGACAAUGCCACUCUGCAAGAUUUGGACACGGUGAUGAAGACCUUGAACCUGGCCCAGGAGGAGCAUGGAGGUGACGACCAUGGCGACCACGGUCACGAUCACCACGACGAUGCACGUGACGUGACGAUGAUGAGCGGCGGGGGUGGCGAUGGAGGUGAUGGUGUUGCUGGUGUCGUUGCCACGGGGGGACAGCAGGGCCUGAGGCACGGCCAUGAGGAGCAUGCGGGGGGGCACGAGCACAACAGCAGCUGGGAACAGAGCUGUUUCAGUGCUGGGGAGCUGCUUCGUAUCCAUGGUCUGGACGGGUCGCCGCUGACCCGGGAUCAGUUCUCGCACCUCAGCCCUGCGCUGGUCCAACAGCUUCUCAGCGGAGCUUGUGGCGCCACGGAACCUGUCGUCACACCCGGGGACAACCUCAGCCAGGCCGAGAGGUACAUCUAUGCCACCAUAGCCAACGUGUUCAUCACCCUGACGGCGCUGUUUGGCAUCGCGGUGCUGCUCUGCACCCGCUGCAGCACCAUCUUCCAGCUCAGCAUCCAGUUCUGCAUCGCCCUGGCUGUGGGCUCACUCACUGGGGACGCGCUCCUGCACCUCCUCCCCCAGUUCCUGGGUCUCCACAGCCACGGUGCUGGGGAGAGUGAUGGCCAUAAGCAUGGCGAGGAGCCUCCUGAGUACCUCUACAAGAUGCUGGUGGUGCUGGGAGGGAUCUACUACUUCUACCUGAUGGAGGCCAUCUUCUCCAUCAUCACCAGCAAGGACAAGGACAAGAACCACAACCACAACCACCACCACGGGGACGGUUCUGAGCCACAUCACUGUGACCAUGGCAGAGUGCUACAGAUGUACCACCAGUCAUCCAGCAGCUCUCAGGCAGAUCUGGUACAAGUGGAGGAUCCUCAGCCUGUGCCUCGUACUCGAGAACAGAGACUGCUUCCCUACAUGAUCACCAUAGGCGAUGGGAUCCACAACUUCGCAGACGGCCUGGCUAUCGGGGCGGCCUUCUCCAUGUCUUGGAAGUCUGGCCUGGCCACGUCCCUGGCUGUCCUCUGCCACGAGCUGCCCCACGAGCUGGGUGACUUUGCCAUUCUGCUGCACUGCGGGCUGUCUGUGAAGAAGGCCCUACUGCUAAACAUGGGCAGCGCCCUCACCUCCUUCAUAGGCCUCUACAUCGCCCUCUCCGUUUCCACGGAUACGGCCGCCCAAGAGUGGAUAGCGGCCGUCACGGCAGGCCUGUUCCUCUACGUCGGCCUGGCAGACAUGCUUCCUACCAUGGUGCAUGUGAACAGUAAGCAUCCCUGGCUGAUGUUCCUGCUGCAGAACCUGGGACUGCUGACCGGCUGGGGUAUCCUUAUAGUCCUGUCCUUAUAUGAGGACCAGAUCGGCGUCUUCUAGACACAGCGGAGGAGGCCUGCCUUUAUUCUUUGUUCUUGGUUGUUUUAUAUUAAGCGGAUAUUUAUACAGUUUACUCUUCUUUUUUUCAAACGUGUUUAUUUCCUAAUUUGAUUCUGGAAUGCACCUGCUGAAGACCUGCUUGGACAUACUACGUACAUGUAUCUACAGGAAUGAACUCUUGGGACGUCUUGUUUUUCUUUUCUUUUCUUUUUUUGUUUUGAUGUUGGGGGGUGGUGGUGAUUAGGCUUUCAUGGGGGGGUCGCCCUCAUCAU